UGGGAUACCAAUCAGAAAUUUCGUCUGUUCGUUGUUUUCGGUAUUUAUAGUUGAUUACACAGGGAAAGUUUUCUUGUUUAAUGAAUCGAGACAUUCAAUUUAAAAAAGAUACAAAUUUUAAGAUUGUGUAAACCUACGGGUAGAAACCUCAAGGAAGUUCGGCUGGAUAACAAUCCAAUGCCAGGAUGACGACGGCUUGUGUUGGACAAUAAUUUAAUAAUUGGUGUCCCUGUUUAUCACUUCGAUGGAAUCUUUCAUCCAUUGAACACAACGCACAAUGUUUGAAGGAAAACAUAUUCAUUUCAGUCCUAUUGACCAGAAACCCUUAUGUUCUUUCUCAACCAAACUUUGUCGGCAAAGGCGACUUAAUGGCUUUGCUUUCUGCAUCAGACAUAUUCUUGAAGAUUCUUCAGCUCCAUUCCGUGUUUGUUCGUUUGUGGCACCUCCUGGACAAAACAAGUGUACUAAUGUCAUUUCAAUGGCUCAUCCAAAAGGGCUGUGCAAUACCCAUCUUCAGUUAGCUGGUUUCCCUGCAGCGAAAAGAGAUCGCAGGCAUCAAAAGAAGGAAAAUGGACAAAAUUCAUCUGCAUCUUCACCCAAUGAGAAACUGAGCAACCAGUCGAAUGAACCUACAUCAUCAUCUAUGGAAAUGAGUGAUGGAGAUCUGUACACAUUCAGUGAUGACACUGAGCUUGUCACAAAACCAGAUCAAAUCCUUUCUGAAAGCCACCAGAAGCCCUCAGACAUGAGUAGCCCACCUCAAAAUAGCCCUUUGGCUAUUGAACCUUUAACUCCAAGUAGCACUAGCAGCAGUAGUGUUGACAACACUGAAAUUAAUGUCUGCAAAAGUUUAGCCCCAAUACCACACCUGGUUAAUAAUGGCAUCAAAGCCAAUCCUCGCACGAAAUCUGAUGCCAAAACGAAAUCUGUUGCGAUAUCGAGGAAGAAGAAAGCCUUGGCUGCUGCUAUCGCAUCGAAACCAUCGACAGGAACUUACCGACUUCCUGCUGUCCUACAGCAGCUCGAGGAUUCAAUCCACGGGAACAAAACCCAAUACCUCUUGCCUAAAAUGAUUGAUGAAUCGGAUGACGAAGAAAUUUCUUCCUUUGGUGGAGGUUUAUCUCGAUAUGUCUCUGCUAUUCCACUUCGUUCGACAACAGACAGUCCUCGAGCGUUGAAGCUAGAGCGAAGCAAAAGAGAAUUUCGGCACAGAUAUCUCCAAUUAGCCCAAAUGAUUCAUGCAGAAGAUAAGUUUCGUGGCUUACAUCAGUCGGCGGUAGCCAAUAAGCUCGUUGAAGCAGCUCGCCGAUGUCCAAACGAGACUGGUAUGCUGCUCCAAGGUCGCCACCCCACCAGCUCUUCGAAUGGAUUGAGCCCUUCCAGUAUAAAGAUUUUCUCCAAACGUCGAUGCAGCUUCCGUCGAGCUAGUUCUACCAAUGGCGCUAAAGACGCUGGUUGUCCAGAAUUAUGUUUGCCCUGCUCCACGCUGUGCAAUAGACACAUUCUUUAUAGCGUUGACCAACAAUUAUUUGAAUUCUGCUCUGCCCGCGGAACAGCAGGUCCAACACCAUGUGGUGCCCCUGUUUUAGCUAUUCAUUCGGGUCUACCGUAUUGUCCAGCUCACGCUGAACAAGUUGACGGAAUAGGCAACAAUUUGUCGAUUUCAGUUAAUGCUCCUAAGACUGUUGAGGGUCCAGACCUAUCGGGUAACAAUGGAGGAGGCCUCCAGGGAAGUUUGUCUAGCAAAUCCAAUCGAAGGAAGGCACGUGCUCGCUCUACCUCGUCUUUGGGACGCCACUCUCGCCGACUUCGUAACCGGCGCCGAGCCAAACGUAUUGGAUCUAGUGGGGGAAGCGAAACGCGCAUCCAUUGCAUCGAAGCAGCGGACAAUGGGAUGGAGCUCGAUGUGGAAACUGUCGACAGUCCCGAAAACUGUUCACCAGCGUAUCCAACACCUGCCCAGUUGAUACCCCAUGCGGUACAGCCCCUUAGUAACCCUCUGCCGACAUCCGUCGAUCACGAAGUGGAGAUUCUUGAAGAUCAUGACUUGAAAGAGUUGCUCAACCGUCUACCCGACGAAGCCUUUCAGGAGAUAUUUGCUAUGACACAAGCUGCUGCCUCUUCAUCGCGUAAUGGCGGUUUGUUCGUGCCAAUGCCUAGCCGCGAAGAAGCUGAAGAGUUAGAGCGCGUUCUGGCUGUAGCCGAAAGUGCAACAAUGGGAGGUGUAGGGCACACUGAGUCCGACCUUAGUGACCUAUCCUUAAUUGACGACCACACUUUGGCUUUGGCUCAUGACCUCAUUACUUUGGGUGCCGGAACGUCGGGCCAAAGUUUGUUAAUGGGUAACGAAGUCGUGCCCGGUUCUAAUCAUCUAUACAUGGACAAUCUCAGUAUUCCUCAUCAAGCCACAAUCCAUCCAGAUACUUUUACAACGGAAGAAUCCUUUUCUUCUUCCCCCAUGCUGUCCAGAAGAAAAAGUCUACCAACAGUCGCUGGUGGUCAACAAGCCAGUCCUGCCAGAGGUUCUAGCCCACCGAGUUUGAACCAGCAUCACCAUGACAGCAGUUUUAUCGAAGAUAGAGAAGGUGCUGCUGCUCAUCCAUUGUAACAAAUAA